GGUAUUCAACCGUAAAACGUCAUAUGAAAAGUGGAGCUUUAAUUAGGUUCACGCCAAUACAAAACCCGAAAUUACACCAGACACUCCACAAAGGGAUUUAAUUCCGCCACAAGAAAGGAAGUCCUAUUUGAAUUGUCUCAAAUAUCACGAGAUAAUCAUAAGAAGAAUCAACACCGCUAUCCGAAAUCACAUAUUGCAUUGGCCACAAGACCGACUGAGUUCCUAUAAUGGUUACAAUUGUGCUACUUUCAUUAUUUUUUACUCAGGCUCAUUAAGGACCUAUGAAAAAAAGACUGAUUAUUGCUUCAAUUCAGAUUUCAUUGCAUCGCUCCUGGGCAAGUUGGUCAACGACUCUCACGAGAGAUGACGCAACCAGAUUUGUGUCAUUCACAUCGCGUCAGACUGAUGGAUGAGAGGGCCAGCUAGACAGCGUACAACACGUCUUCACAAACUUUGGCGUACUUAUAAAAAAACCUAAAUUAUCACCUGGAAUUACAAAACAGUAUUUGCUUUCUAGUAUAAUAUAUCAAUUUGUCGUUAAGAAAGUGUUUGAAAACAUUUUAUAGGAUUACCUAUGUGUAUAUAUAACACUUCAACAUGUAAAUGCGCUGAAUACGUUAUUAUUCGUAUCAAACUUCUGGGAUCAUUCUGUUUCUGACCAUCUGGAGAGAAGAUUGAAAAACAAUUAUUCCUUGUUAUGGUUUCAAAGAUGAGGGUACUACUGAGUUUUCUAUAGUAACACUGACAUUGAGAAAUAUCAUACUACAUAGAGCAUUGUUUGUAGCAGUGAUCGCUUUUUUCGUGCGAGUUUAUAGGUCUGCCAAGGAAAAAAAUGUACUCUAGUUCCUAAAGGAAUCGCAAACCAAUUCCAUGAAGACAAAAUAUUGUAUAAAAUCAUCAAUCAAUCAUUCAGAUCUACUGGAUUAGUGACGAUUUCAGAUUGCCACAGUUAUUUCAAGUUCUGGUUUCUAAUUUUCUAUUUAAAAUUUGAUGCAGUGUCGACUUACACAGACUCAAUGAAUUCUUAUCAGACAAUUUCUGUACUGAGGAUGGAAAAAUAAAACCAAUUAAAAAAAUCGACUGUAAGUGAAGUGUUGCAAGCAGAGUUUUUGAGUAUCGGACAACUCAUCAAAGGUGAAAAUCUCAUGAAGCACAUAAUUCCAGAUCAAAUGUAUUGCUGUGCAUGAUUUUGUGAUCAAUGGAACGCACUAGACGAGGGUUUACAAGUGUCAAGAGUUUUUAAAUUUGGAAACACUACUCCAUCUAGAUAACAAGCUGAUCAUCGGCUGAAAUGCAACAGUGAAUUCCAAUUAUUAUUAAUUGAUAUUCACACGAUUUUUUAAUGAACUUCUCUGUUCUGCAAGUCUGUGCCGUGUUAAAUCCAAUAGCAUCUCUCGACUUACUUAUUUGUAUGCGCAAUUCAUGACCAGGUUCUGCGUUUGAGUGGAUAAUCUCAGUUUUUUUUUUUUACAUCCUUAGAAUGUAAUAACUUUUUGCACACUGUGCACAUUGCAAUCUAGACGCUUCAACAAGGCCCUGAAAGAGGAAAUUGAAUAUUGCACUCAAGACCAGCCUGUUUCUACAACAGUAUAUUAUGAAAUUCAGCUUAUAAAUGCGACAUUUUUAAUCUAGCAGACAAUAGUAACGUAAUCUAUAUUUUCUUGCAUAUUCCUUCUGUGUCGACAUUUUUUAUGGAUAAUCGGAAACAAAUUAACUCGACCCUGACGACAGGAACCAAUGGAAUUCACUUGUAAUCGCAGCUUAGAGAAUUAUUAUUACCGAUUCAGCAAUUGAUGACAUACGCAUUUCUGAAUUCAUCAUGAUUGCAAAUUUGAACUGACAGAGAAAUGAACCAGAAUAAGAUGAUUUCCAUGAUGUUAGUACUCACUGUUUUCUUAUUGAAUCCUCUAAUUGUAACGGUGGGAAGUAUGGCCAUAAAAUUUGCCACCACACCAACAAAUGCAACAGUGACUGAAGGGGAUGAUGCAUAUUUCACUUGCAUUGGAAACUUCGGAGAGAGAAAAGAUUUGUCUAUUAAAUGGCUUCGCAAUGACGAUAUACUUUCUGAACCGUAUCCUGAUGAUAAAUACACGAUUGAGCGUGGUGGUGGUUCCCCCUAUGCAAUUCUUCGUGUGAAAAAGGUCACCCGGACAGACAGUUUAUAUGCAUACACUUGUGGUAUAAUGGAGAAAAGCAGCAUAAUAAAACGCUCUUCACCGGUCUAUUUAAACGUUAGACAGGUUCCAAGUGCAGUUUACCCAGAAUGCAACAUUGAGACGGUAGCGCUUGUGGAAGGAAAAACAGCCUUUGCGAGAUGUCGUGUUGAGCGGAUCAACCCAGAACCAGAACUAAAAUGGUUCCGGCAGGGACAAGAGGUACAAAGUUUGUUAAUUCCAAAUGAUAACUUCAUUAUAAUAGAACAUGAGUUUAUUCCAAAAAUGACAGAUAAUGGCAACAUUCUCUCAUGCACCAUGACAACACCAGCAAGAGCAAACUAUGUGUCAAAUUGUUCAACAGGGGCUCUGAACAUUGAUUAUAAACCCCGUGUAAAUGUCACUGGACCAAAGUCAGUUGCAGUCGGAAAAGAAGUUUUAUUUGUCUGCUGGAGUCGGGCAAAACCUGCAAUUCACAGGAUCGAAUGGUCCCUUGAUCCUCAGCUAUCUGCUAAUAACUAUGUCUUGGAAAGCAAAAAUUUAGUCCUACGUAUUUUUAAAGCACAAUUGAAAGACAAUGGAACAAAGGUGAAGUGUACGGUUACAAAUACUGUGGGUACGAAUUCAUCGGAAACACUCCUAAUUGUUAAAGAGAGGGCAAUAACAGACCCUACUAUCACCACACCCACAACUGACAAAAAACUUCCCCCAAAACCGCCCAACAUGGACUCUGCAAUGAUACUAUCAAUAGCGGGCUGCACGCUACUCCUCUCAACGCUCGUCAUAACUAUGAUCCUUUGCUACCAUCACAUAUGUCGCAUUCACCGCCAAACACUAAGCAUGACGGGGGAGCAGAUUGCGCAGCCGCAGAUUUACUUUGAACCAAAGGACAUGGUCUCACCGCCUUGCCCACCUGAUUACAGCACAAACCAUUAUAUCUGGCGUACCGUUGGCAUCCAAGUGCCAUCAGAUGGCGAUAUCGAAUCAGUGUACACUGAAAUUGAUGAAGGAAAGAAAAAGAUCACUUCUCUAAAAUCAAUUUCAGUGUGAUUAUUUUUAACUAUUUGUCGGCGUGCAAAGUUCCAUCAUUCAAUUGAAUAUAAAAUGUCAACUGAAAUGUAUGCAAUUUAUGUUUUGUACAAAUUCUGAUGUAUAAUUAUUUGUUUAUUUAAAUUUUCCGACAACAGUGAACAAAAUUAGCCUCUUAAAUUCUAAAGUUUGCAAAAACCAUAAGACAAAUAGCUAAAAAUAUAGGACUAACAGAUUCCAAACUUGAAUCCUAAAUAUAAUAAGUAUAGAAUGAUUCACAAUUAUUAUUUUUAAAAAAUGUUAACCUCUUUUUUUAUUAUGUAUGUUUAUAUUUAUUGAAAUAAAAAUUUUCCAGCAAAAAAUCUCCUUCUUGGACAAUAAAGAAAUCUUGAAUAUGAUAUAAAAUAUCAUCAGUAUAAUAUUUCAUGUUGAAUAUGGGAAUUCAUAUCCUGAAGAAAACAAUAUUUUUUCUUUGUAUGAUCCAUAAUGUUAUUUUUUCCCUAAGUUUGAAUUAAUGUAAAAGCGCAUUGCAACAUUUGUGUAAUGCACGUUAAAAGCAAAUUCAUUAUUUAUAAAUUUAUGAUAAUGUGAUUUAUGAUAUGUUGUACUUUCAAUGUCAGAGAUGAUUAAGAUGAUGGUGAUGAAGGUGAUAAUCAUCAUCAACAUCAUGUUGAAUAUGAUGUUUAAUAUAUUCUUUCUUUACAAUGUGGCAAAUUCAGUUAUGUACUGUUUUUCCAAUGUGGUACAGUUGCAUAACAACAAUAGAGAAAAUAAAAAAACGAAAGUCUGUAAAAUAUUCAAAUUAAUUACAUGAUAUCACAUGAAUUAAUACAAUAUUAUUGUAAGUUAUACUGUAUAAACAUUGCACAAAAUUAAGAAGCCAAAAAAGGAGUUUUUUUUUUGUUUGUUACAGAACUUGCCUGCACUGUCAGAUGUGUGUAUCUUGAGUUUACCGUAUGAGUUUUCCCACACCCCAAGUGCUUUGAGACUUCGGUAAAAAGCGCUAAAGAAAAUUGCAUUACAUUACAUUGCUGGGCACCAGAAUAUUUUUUUUUAAAAUACAGAAGGCUUACAGAAUGUAAUGAUGCACACCGCAUGCAAUGGUAUAUUUACUAAUAGCUUUCGUUAUCUCGUUCGAGAACCAAUCUGCCGAGAAAAGUGCAUAUUUUUGUGUACGACGUCCCAAGUUUUAAUCUUCUCGCACUCGCAACCCAAGAUUCAGCAUCUGGAUCAUGUGUGAUGAAUCAUCAUGUGUGAUCAAUCAAGAACCAGAAACUGAUUGUAUCUGCAACAUUUUAUAGAAAUUUGAUUAAAUUCUAAAUUAAAUUAUUAAAAUACUACCUUGGGAAAAUCAUCAUCAAUUAAUACCGAUUGCAAAUUCACUCGAAUUUUUCGCAGAUGUUCACAUAUGGGGCCUAAUCAAUGUAUUUCAUCUUAAGCUAGGCCAUAACCAUUCCGUACCACUGAAUUAGCCAUCGUGCCACCACGGCCAAAGCAUGUGCCACAUGGCCCUACCACCAGGCUGUGCUGCCACCAAGAGUUCAGUUCUCAGGGGAAUGCGAAACGGGAUAGUGAAAGCUCAAUAUUUUUUUUAAAAGAGAACGGUAACAGGAAUUUUAUCAGCGGAUUGGUUCUUGAACGAGAUAAAAAAAGCUCUCUAUUGAUGGUUCAGGUUUAGUGCUGUAAGACCAUCUCUGUAAAGAGCACUUAAUAAAUGUACAAAUUAUUAUUAUUAUCAUUUUUAUUGUUUGAAAUUCUUGUUUUAAAUAAUGAUAUUGUAAUACAGGUCCCUCUAUAGACCCCUUCAAUUAAAGAUCACCUAGAAAUUAAAAGAUCACUUUUCUGAGGUCACAAAUUAACAUCUUUUAUCUUUAUUAUUCUAAUUAGAGACCGAAGCUGCUAAAGACCACAGAAACCGCAGUCCCAAAAGUCGUCUUUAAUUGUAGGAAGACCUGUAUUUAAUAAUAUUUGUUCCUUUUUAGUUAAUUUUGCAAAAUAUUUGUUUCAAUAAUUUUGCAUUUUUUGUGUAUUCUGUCAUUUUUAAGGGUAAGAACUCAAAACUUAAUAAAUGAUUUUUCUUAUCAUUGAUUAUACAUAUCUUUAAUUGUAUAUGAAGAAAAAUAUAAUAUUUUUCUCACUUUAAUUUCUAAUGGGUUUAAUUGUUGAUAUAACUUUGCAUUUUUUGUAAAUCCUGUAAUUUUAAGCAUAAAAACAGUUUUCAACUUAUUUUUAUUGUUUGUACAAAGAUUGUGAAUCAUCAUGCCUUUCUUCUUAUCAAAUGAUAGUUUUUUAUUGUUUUGUACAAAGAUUGUGAAUCAUCAUGUUUUUCUUUCCAACAACCACAAUAAGGUUGCUAAGAUAUAUGUACCAGAAAUGAAAUCACCAUUUAAAAACACAGUCAGGUAGUGUAAUUUAAGCAGUAGUAUUUAGAACAGAGGUAAAAGAAUUUCAGGGUUGUAAUUCAUCUAAAAAAUCUGCAGAAUCUUGGAAUGCUCUUUAUGAGGUGAGAUUUCAUCCAGGAAUGGAUAUGCCACAAUUCACAUUACCGAUUAAUUCAUCUCAAAUUGAUUUUUUUUUUGAGGCAAUAAAGAAGAAGGAAAGAUGAAAAUUAUCUCAUUAAAUCUCAGAAUUCCUAAGAGAUAUAUCAUGUAUUUAAACUUGACAAUAUACAUUUCUUAAUGUGUUCAAAUGUGAUGAUAAUUCAAUUCAAGUGCAUUUACUGUUUAUGACUUUAAAAAGAAAUUCUUUCUACUUGGUUAUUUUACUUGGACAGGUUUACCAUUACUCCAUCCUCCCACAUACAGCCUGCAAAUGUAAUCCCAUUAUUAGUAAAUUGCCUCGAUAAGUAGGACUGCUAAGUUGUUUCGCAGUAAAACUUACUUGCAGUUGAAGAAUUCAAAUUCAAUAUAUAUUAUGAGUAUGAGGCAUAUGAGGGUAAAUAUUCUGAAAAAAAAAAUUCUUUUGACCAGAUUCAUUU